AUGCAGGGGACUGAGCUCCGGGAUGGUGAGGCGGCGGCAGCGGCCGCUUCGUACCGCGUCUUGAGCCGCCUGCUCGGCUAUGGAGAGGCGGCCCCCGAGCCAGGCCCGCCGCCGCCACCCCCGGGCCAUGGCCCCCCGCCGCCACCCUUCCUUGCACGGCCCGGUACGCGGGGCUCCCGGCCGCCGCAGCUGAUGGUGUUCCGCAACGUGGGUCGGCCGCCGGAGGAGGAGGACGCGGAGGCGGCCCCGGAGCCUGGACCCUCGGAACUGCUAUGUCCCCGGCACCGCUGUGCCCUGGACCCCAAGGCCCUGCCCCCGGGGUUGGCGCUCGAGCGGACCUGGGGCCCGGCGGCUGGACUAGAGGCGCAGUUGGCAGCUUUGGGGCUUGGGCAGCCAACGGGGCCGGGGGUCAAGACGGUUGGUGGGGGUUGCUGCCCAUGCCCCCCGCAGGCGCCCCCUCCGCAGCCCCAGCCGCCUGCCGCCGCCCCGCAGGCCGGGGAGGACCCCACCGAAACGAGCGACGCACUGCUGGUCUUGGAGGGCUUGGAGUCGGAGGCCGAGAGCUUGGAGACUAACAGCUGCUCGGAAGAGGAGCUGAGCAGCCCGGGCCGCGGCGGAGGAGGCGGCCGGCUUCUGCUGCAGCCCCCAGGCCCUGAAUUACCCCCGGUGCCCUUCCCGCUGCAGGACUUGGUCCCUCCAGGGCGCUUGAGUAGAGGGGAGCAGCAGCAGCAGCCGCCUCCCCCGCCCCCGCCCCCUCCUGGGCCCCUCCGGCCACUCGCGGGCCCUUCUCUGAAGGGCUCUCUCAAAAUCCGCCUCAGUCGCCUCUUUCGCACGAAGAGCUCCAACGGUGGUUCCGGUGGCGGGUAUGGGGCCGGCAAGAGGCCUUCUGGAGAGCUGGCUGCUUCAGCUGCGAGCCUGACCGACGUGGGAGGCUCUGCCGGCCGGGAGCUGGACGCAGGGAGGAAACCCAGGUUGACAAGAACUCAAAGUGCCUUUUCUCCGGUCUCCUUCAGCCCCCUGUUCACAGGUGAAACAGUGUCGCUUGUGGAUGUGGACAUCUCUCAGCGGGGCCUGACCUCUCCACACCCUCCAACUCCCCCUCCUCCUCCAAGAAGAAGCCUCAGCCUCCUAGAUGAUAUCAGUGGGACGCUGCCUACAUCUGUCCUUGUGGCUCCGAUGGGGUCCUCCCUGCAGUCUUUUCCCCUACCUCCGCCUCCUCCGCCCCAUGCCCCAGAUGCAUUUCCCCGGAUUGCUCCCAUCCGAGCAGCCGAAUCCCUGCACAGCCAGCCCCCGCAGCACCUCCAGUGUCCCCUCUACCGGUCUGACUCGAGCAGCUUUGCAGCCAGCCUUCGGGAGUUAGAGAAGUGCGGUUGGUAUUGGGGACCAAUGAAUUGGGAAGAUGCAGAGAUGAAGCUGAAAGGGAAGCCAGAUGGCUCUUUCCUGGUACGAGACAGCUCUGAUCCUCGUUAUAUCCUGAGCCUCAGUUUUCGAUCACAGGGUAUCACCCACCACACGAGAAUGGAGCACUACAGAGGAACCUUCAGCCUGUGGUGCCAUCCCAAGUUUGAGGACCGCUGUCAGUCAGUGGUGGAGUUCAUUAAGAGGGCCAUCAUGCACUCCAAGAAUGGGAAGUUUCUCUAUUUCUUGAGAUCCAGGGUUCCAGGACUACCACCAACUCCAGUCCAGCUGCUCUAUCCAGUGUCCCGAUUCAGCAAUGUCAAAUCCCUCCAGCACCUUUGCAGGUUCCGAAUCCGACAGCUCGUCCGGAUAGAUCACAUCCCAGAUCUCCCACUGCCUAAACCUCUGAUCUCUUAUAUUCGAAAGUUCUACUACUAUGAUCCUCAGGAAGAGGUGUACCUGUCUCUAAAGGAAGCGCAGCUCAUUUCCAAACAGAAGCAAGAGGUGGAACCGUCUACGUAGCGAGGGGCCCCUGCUGGUCACCACCCAGGGCAUUUGGUUGCCAAGCUCCAGUUUUAAAGAACCCAAUGAAGGUACCAUGAAAAGAGGAGUGAGAGAAAACAAGAGGAAAUAGGAAGGGUUGGGAUCCUCUGCGCAGAGACUUCGGUUCCCCUCGCCACCCUGGGGCUUGGAAGAAGCACACAACCGUCCUCUCUGAGUCGGGGCUCCACCUUUCCCGUCCGGCACCCCUGGCAUCCUGGAACUGGAUGAGCUCCUGUAAAACUGGAAGAAGUCUCAACACUGUUCCUUUUUCACAAGUUUUGUUUUGAAUAUUUACAUUUCUCGGUAUGGAAAACUCACAAAGGCAGCUGGGGUUUGCGCCCAUUGGAUUGGAACUGGUGCGGAGGGUGAGCAGGUCCAAAGGAGGGGGCGGGGCACAGUUGGGGUCGCCAGUGCUGUGCAGGUCCAGCAGCUGGUGCCAAAGGCAGAGUGCGAGUUUCACCAUUGACCUUGAAGAAGGGAAGAGAAGGAGUCAGAAGUCAAAUCGAGUGAGGAGUUUCUGAGGGAUGAGAAUCUGCUUCUCCUUAAGCCUGGGUAGCUUCAGUAGGAGCAGGAAAGAGGAGGUGGGUGGCCUCAGAUUACUGGACAGAAAUUAGCAGGUGGCCUCUGUUGGGGGACAUAGCGACUCCUCACAUCCGUUCCUUUUAAGAUUUAAGAAUCUGACUUCAGAAUCACCUCUCAUUGAAGCUGGGUUUAUUUUGUUUUAUUUAAUUUUUAAGCUCUGUGACCUCAAGUUAGCCCCAUUCUUUCUCCACCCUCAACCUGUUACCCAAGAUAACUGUACAUUUCACUCUGGUCAUGGUGAUGUCAUUCCUAUUGCUUCCGCCAGCUGUCAAGGCAAUAGUUUUUCUUGUCACCUGGGCAGUAGAGCUCCAGUCGUGGGCUGCUGGAGUUAAUGGAGCGUGCCUCCAGAUUCGCAAUGGCAAACCGCACCCAUGACUUAGGAGCCAGUGUUACUCGCCUCCAUAUGCCCGUCAGCUGGUGAGAGGGAAUGUGGAGGAAGGUGUGAAGCAAAGCUAUUGGAGUUGUGCUCUUCCGAGAGGGGGCUCUCUAGUGUCUCUGCCUUAAUGGGAUGUCCUUAGAUCAGAGAGGAGGAGAGCGUUACAUCCUCUCCUUUCAGGUUUUUCCCUGUCAUCCCCCUUCUGGAAUGGCAGGGAGCAAGGGCUGCUUAGUUUUCCUGUGAUGCUUCCGGCAGCCCGAACGUUCGCCUGGGCCAGAUGCUGGCUGCCCUUCACUGGAAUUGAGUCAGAGGCCGAUUGCAGAGUGGCCGUUGCCCAGGUGGACGUGACGGGGAGGGAGAGACACCCCAGUGCUUUCUGGUGGUCUUUCAUUUUUCUGAAGCGGGCCUUUGUCAGAUCAUAUAAGAUUAUGAGUUUGCUUUUCUGUGGAGUUACUCUGGGGAAAGGUUUGCUAUUAAGAUGUGAAAAUUGAGCUGUUUGGUCUUUAUUACUCUUUUGCAGUAAAUGUCCCAUUAGACCGCCUCUUUUGCUUCCCCUAUGCUUAUAUCUGCCUCAUCUCAUAAGAUAAAUAACACUGUCAGGCUUGUGGUUUCCUGAUGGUUUGGGCUGAGGCCUCGGUGUCUUGUUAAUUUACGGGUCUGCCUCAUCUGGAAGCGUUGGCCUGCUGCCUCCUGACCUGCUUUCCCUCUUGUAGCUGAGUAGGGGGGAAAUUUGCAUUGUUACUUGCCUCUAAAGAGGGGAUCCACAAAGUGAGCUGUAAAACGUAAACACAGCCCACCUCUCAUUUGUUGGGAGAUACCUCUUCUAUCUUUAGUCUCUGUGUAGUAUUGCCAGCCAUUUAAGAUUUUGAUCCCUGAAAUUGGCUUAACCUGUGCGUCUUGCCUCUUGAGGGUGCGGAUUAACUUGCCAUCUUGCAGAAAGCGCCACUGCCGCCCCGCCCCGCCCCACUCCUCCCCACUCCGCCACCGUAGAGCCUGAAGGCUGGACUCCGUUGGGAUCCUUGAGUGGCUGAUAUGCAGCUACCUGGGUUUUUAUUUUUUAUCCAUUUUUGCUACUCAUAAUUUUAAAACUAUUUUUAGUGUGUGUUUGCCUGGCUCUGGGCUAGAUACUGUGGAAAACACUAGAAGCAGAAGACAUGGUAUCUGGCCUUCGGAAGCUCUUAGGUGACUGCCACACAUGAAGCAACUGGAGAGCGACUCCGUGUGGCAGAGGGUUGGGGUUGCCCUUAGACUCCGAGCGGGUAAGGCUGGGGCGGGCCAGGCGGCGCGGGGGAGCUCGGGGGCGGCCGGCUUUGGGUGUGGGCGAGGGCAGGGCAAUGAGUUGAGAAACACAUGAACCAAAAGCUUGGAAGCAAAAAUCUGCACGGUGCACGCUGUACAGCACACAUCCCCGAGUCGAAGCAGAAGUGCUCAGGAACCCAUCCAUUUUCAGGGCGGUGGUCUAGACUGAAACUUGUUAAUUGUUGGGCAGAUCUGAAUGCCAAGGGCUUGUGAUGGUAAAGUGGAGUCCAAAGCCAAAAGUCAGCUUGGCUCUGCCCUUGGCCAAGGACUGCACUUCUUGCAGAGCAGCCCGCAUGAGCAAGGCAGAGCCCUGGGCUGCUGUGGGGCCGGGUCUCCAUGGGAAGGUCCCUACACUCAGGCACUUACCUAAACCCACUGAGGCGCCCCGCCACACCUCUGCCCGCCUUCCUUCUCCUGGGAGGGGGGUGACUGCCUGUGCCCACCAUCUGUCUGGGCUCUAGUCAUAGCCCAGGCUGCAGCCCGGUUUUCCUCAGUAGCGUGGGCUACAGGACAGAGCUGUGCAAGGGCAGUCGGGCCCCCCCGGGAGAGCUGGGGGCGAGGCGGGGCGGAGGUGCCAGCCUGGUCACAGGAAGCAGAGGGAAAACGCGCGCUGGCCUGUGGUCAGUGCUUCCCUCCCUCUCCCCUGGCUGGGUCCACCUUCUCCUUCACCAGUUCUGUGCCGCGCUAGCUGACGUGCAGUCUGCGUAGGGUGCUUACUCCUUUUGGAUUGUAUUUUAAUGUCACAAACUGGGAACGCUUCUCGCCCCUCACUGAUUCCUAAGCUGCGGGUGGAUGGUGUCGGUGCCCUCAGUCCUUGCCUGUGUAACCCUCAUUUGUUUAUGGUUGAUCUGCUGUAACCUUCCUCAGGACGGUGUGAGCCACUGUGAGCUAGUGACAACUACUGCUACAACUCGCCAUUACUUGAAACUUGUGCAGGAGCACAGGAGUAAGGAGCGUAGGAGCUUUGGGGCAGGGACUAGGUAAAUGGGUGACAGCUGGGAGUUUGGGACCAUCGGUGACCUUGACCUGGUCUCCAGCCUGUGCCUCUUUACAGUGAGUGUGUAUUCACUGGAAUGCGAGCUGAGGGCUGCGGCCUUCAGCCUCCUGUGAAGAAAGGCCUGUGGGGACCCGGUUGACACUCCUCCCCCUCCUUUCCUCCUUUUUACUCAGCUGGUUAUGUAGGCCCCUCACUAAAGUUGGAAAUGAUGUUGAGAUAGUUGCAAGCCCCCCUACAGCGCAAUCCAAGAACUGGGCUACAGGGAGGGUGGUUAGUGGUCCCAGAUCUGGGCGUGAGAGACUAGAGUGGAGCUGUACGCCCUGGGGCGCCAGCCCAUUCAGGCCUCACCCCAGCGCCCCAAGAAUAGCGUGGCUGCCAGGAGCCCUCGGCCAGCAGGUGUGGGGAUGGGAGGAGCUCUCCCUCAGGUUCCAUCUGCCUCUGCCCUGCUGCCUCUCCGCGGCGAGGAGUCUGAGGUUGGAGGGCUGGGCUCCAGGAUAGAGCGCUGUGGCUGCCGGAGGGCAGGCUGGACGUCGUGGGCACCUGUGUGCGUGUCUUUGUUUGCGGAAGCCGUACCAGCAGUUGGGGUGUUGAGAGCAUCUCCGUUGGGGGACACUUGCCAUUUGUUUUCCACUUUUAAAAGAAUGACAUGCCCCCUGUCCCUAAGGGAGGAGCUUUUGAGUUAGACAUUUUCCCUAUGGGAAUCCUCUUGGUUGUGUCUGGGAAAAGGGGCAUCGGAUAAAUGAAUUUUAUCUCUAAUCGUCAACACAGCUGUUCCUACACUGAACUUGUGCUAUUGCAUACAUGUAGCCAUCUUUCUUUUCACUGCAGCAGUGUUUAUCAGUAGUUCAGAAUGAUUUAUUUGCUCCUGGGGAGUAAAAUCUUUUUUACUAAAAAAGAAAAAGAAAAAAAAUAAAAGUGUGACCCCCCCCCCUUCCCCUGUGAUCGCGAUAGGAUCGUUGGGCCACAAAGCUCAAGAAGGCAACGCCAAGUCUGCCAGUGUCCGUGACCCGCCUGCCUUGGCACGGGAGCCCCCUUGCUCAGCGCAGGACGGCGGGAGGCCUUGAAGCCUUGGGAGGGUGAGAGGGGUUGGACCACAGAGGCAGGCACUGGGGGCGCGGGUGCUGCAGCCAGAGAACUAGAAUAAUUAAUUGUAUUUAAAACAUUGACUCCAAUCUGCCAGGGAAAGACCUUUCUUUACAUGCAGACUCCACAGACUCCAUGUUGUCUUUGUCCUUUUCAUCCUUCCUGACCUUCCUGGUAGGUGCUGUCCACUUCCUCCCUGUUUCCCUCUCUUCCUCUCUACCCCUUCUCCCUUCCCUCCCCAGUCCCAUCUACCUCUGGAAAGCCAGCCCUGCAUGCUGAGUCCGUGACAUGCCUUCACGCCCGUUGCAUCCCAUGUAGAGGGUACCUGGAACUGCUCCCCUCCCCGCCCCCCCAACCAUGCCAAGAGGCAUCCAGGGGCAGGCCAAAAGCAGCCAGCCACGGUGGGAAGGCAUGAAUGUCUGGUUGCAGCUGGACUGCGAUCUCAGUCGCUCCUGGGGACAGAGUGCAAGGAGAGCUUAGGGCACUCUCGAUCAGAGCCCAGGAUGAUCACAAACCGUGCAGCUCUGCUCGGAGCUGCAUCCUAAGCCCGCUACCCAGCUCUGUGGAGCGCGAAGGCUGGUCUGACUCUCCCUGGUGCUCCCUUGAACAGGGACCAGCCCCUCACAGGGAGGCCCAGACCCCAUUCCAAGGGACAAGCGCAACCGGGCUCUGCUCCGCGGACAGGCCGGGGAUCGGAAGGCGCGAGCUGGUGCUGCCCGUGCACGGCCACUGCUGUACAGUUUUUGGUUGUUUUUAAGAAACUCAAGAGGGGAGUCAUUCCAGGCUCGGGUGGUUGCCCGCUCGUCACCAGAGGGGAGCCCCCCCCCCCACUGCAGCCACUUAUGCCCUCAGGCCCUCACCCCACCGCCCUCCUCCAAGCCAAAGCGCGGCCUGGCUUUUAUCUUCCCAUUUAGUUUUCCUCCUUGCCUCUCCCUUUUUGUGCUUAAUUUAUUGAAAUAGUUACUGUAUAAUUUAUUUUCAUAAACUAUAAAAAAUUACUAAAUGGUUAAAAUAGACUUGCAGGCCAAUCUUAAAUGGGGUGGGAGGGCCUAAGGGUGGGGUGGGGAAAGAUGUUUUGAUAUAAACAAAACAAAUGCACUUUGGGUGUGUUUUGGUAUUUUUCUGGGGCUAGAGGGGUGGGCAUUGGGAUGUCCCUGUAGAUUAGUUCCAGAAUGGGGUGUCUGUAUAUAUUGUAUUAAUAGGCAUGUUUGACUCUUGUAAAGGGACAUUAGUAGCUGCUGCAGGUCCUGUUUGGAAGCCCAUGUACAAUUCCCAGUUUUUUGUAAGUGUCAGUGCGGGAGACAUUUGACCCUUGUGUUUGUACCUCCCUUUUUAUGAUUGCUGUACUGACUCAUGUCUUUUUGGGGAAGGGU